AAGAGUUCUGAAACAAUUUCUUAGCAUUUUAAUCACAGCAAAGUUUAUAAAAGUAUUCAAAUAAUAGCUUGUUUGGAGGCUCUGAAGCAAUGAAUUGUGUCUCCAUUAAUGAUGAUUUUUCAAAUAGGCUCAAUAGCUCUUAUGCGAAUCAUUGGUUCUGACAUUCUGAUCGGAAAGGGAACGCUAUCAUGGAUGAGUGUAAGAUCACAGAUUUAUACCACUGUUCUCGUUUCUUUAACAAACAAACAAAAAACAAAAGAAAAAAAUAGAACAAUACCCGAUUAUAUUUUACAAGUUUUUCAGUAUUCAGAAUUUGACAAUUUUGAGUUUCAUCAAUUGUAGAAUUUGGUAAAAAUCAUGAUUUAAGAGUGGAUAUAUUUUUGGAACAAAAUAAGAACAUUUAAGAUUCAACAAAAAAAAAAUCGUGCUAAAUCCACAGAUGAUGAUCUCGGUCAAUUUCUAUUUUUUUUGGAGAAAGUUCCUUUUUUUUUUUUUGAGAAUAUUUGGAGAAAGUUCCUUGAUUGUGGAAAAGUUGGGAAAACAUAUAUAUCUCAGCAUUGCUUGCAUGAUAUAUAUAUAUAUACUAGCAUGUGCCCACACUCUAUGUGUGUGGGUGUUUUUUUUUUUUUAUCAAAGGAAGUGGGUAGUUUCUUAAUCAAAGCAGUUUUCUACAAUAAUAACUAUUAUUUAUUUUAUUUUAAAGAAUUUAAUUUUUUUUUUAAAUUGACAUUAUUGUCCCUGUUGGUUAUUUCAAUUUCUAAAGUUUUUUAAUAUUAGAGGGUUAUAUUCAUCAAAUUUUUCAGUUUUGAAGAGCAAUCUCUCUCCUCUUAAUAAUAGUAUAUAUAUAUAUAUAUAUAUAUAUAUAUGGACGUCUUUAGCCAAGGCCCAAAAAGUGGGCCAACAUCACAUGUAAACAAGGCCAACACUACAGUCGGACAGUCCAUCUAUUAAUCUCCAGUCUAUUGUCUCCCUAUAUAAAAUUCCCCGCUAUUCCAACCCGAACACAAUCCCCAAAUUCGAGUUGGGGUUCCGUCCAAAUCAAAAUCCCCUGCUCUCUUUCUGCCCCAAAUCCAAAACCUCGCCAAACCCUAGAGUCGGGUUCAAAACCUCAAUCAACAUUACCCAUCUCUGAAGGUUUUAGAGAGGGUUUAGGGUCUGUUUCUCUUAAUUUUCGAUACAAGAAAUCAAGACUAUCUAGAGAUGCCAAAGAUCAAGAGGACUAAGAGAAGCAAGAGGAGAAAGGAUGAUCAUGACGUUGUUGAUGUGAGAAGACAAAAAUCUCAAAAACUGGAUUGCUGCCCCUCAGAAAAAUCCCACCUAUUCUCGGAAUUCUUGGCCGAUUCUCGGCGGAGAGUAGUCCUAACCCGGGAUCAGUACAAGUAUUGCUCCCAGGCUCUCAAAUUCUUCCAAGACAAGCUCGACGAGCCUCGGCAGAUUAUAGAGGAGUUUCGUAAGAUAAAUAAGGGGAGAGCUGAAACUAGGAAGGAGAAGACUUGCAAUGUGGCUCUCAGCAGUGUCAAUUGGAGGAAGAACCGCUACGAUAAUAUUGUGCCAUAUGACCAAAACAGGGUUGUUCUGAAGGACUCAUCCAAAAGUGGAAGGGACUACAUCAAUGCCAGCUUCAUCACCACAAGUUCGUCUCGGUUUAUUGCAACACAAGGUCCACUUCCGAAUACGUAUGAGGAUUUCUGGGAGAUGGUGAUCCAGUACCGUUGCUCUGUUGUGAUUAUGCUUACUUGCUUGGACAUGGAUACAUGUGGAGAUUAUUUUCAGGCAGAAGACGAGAGAGAAUUUGGGAAUGUGUGUAUAGUCACUAAGUGGAUGAGAAGUAGUGACACUAAUUCUCCAUUAGUGUUGCGGCUUUUGGAGGUCAAGCAUAAGGAGAACUCUGAGGAGCCACCAGUGUCGGUUUUGCAUAUUCAGUAUCCUGAAUGGCCUGACCAUGGAGUUCCCACGGACACGGUUGCUGUUCGCGAAAUAUUGAAAGGAUUGAUAUAUCAAGUGGCACCACCGGAGGCUGGCCCGAUUGUGGUGCACUGUAGUGCAGGUAUUGGGAGAACUGGAACAUACUGCACAAUUCAUGAUACGAUGAAGAGAAUUCUUUCUGGGGACAUGUCUGCUUUAGAUGUUGCUGAUACAGUUGCCACAUUCAGGUCUCAGCGAGAUGGAAUGGUCCAGACGCUGAAGCAAUAUUGGUUCUGUUAUUCUGCGAUCAUCGAUGAAUUGGAAGAACUCAUCUCGGAUCAUCAAGAUGAAGAAUAGUGCUGGAUCAGUUGAUGCUACAUUGCUAACUGUCAUUACUAUCCUAGUAAACAAUUUUUGUUUUACAGGUUUUAAGCCAUUGCUAAUUUCUUUAUUGAUUCAAGCAAAAUUUAUGAAUCAGUUAUGUUUAUAUCCGAAUGAGUGCUUUCAUUA